UCAGUCUUACCCAAAGGCUUAUUCAUCCAUUCAAUGAUGACAAGAUAUUAAGAGAGGCAGCAAUGGCAGGGGAAGUAAGAGGAAUCAAAGAAUCCCUCUACCCAAUAAUAAGCCAACUAUCAAACGCCCGAAGACAAAGUGAGGCUUUAAGUUGCAGUAAUGCCCAAAGACAAAGUGAGGAGGCUUUAAGUUGCAGUAAUGCCCAAAGACAAAGUGAGGCUUUAAGUGACAGUAACGCCCAGAGACAAAGUGACAGUAAUGACCAGAGACAAAGUGAGGCUUUAAGUGACAGUAAGGUGAAGAAGUUGUUCGAGCAUAUAGAACAGAGUCUCAAAAGUUUGGUGGAUGUCUUAGAUCCAACAAAGAAAUUGGAAAAAGAUGUAGAAGAAUUCUUGCAGAAUAUUGCCAGGCAAAUUGACACCAUGCUGCAAAACAUUAGCGUAACUAUAGAAACAAACCUUGAAAAACAAUUAAAGGAAAUUGCAGAUCAAGCAGAUAGCAAUCUUGACAACAUGAAGAAGAAAAUGAAAGUAGCCUUUGAAUCUGAGCAAGAGCCAAUAAAAGCCACAGAGAGUGCACCACCAACUGGAAGCAGCAUUAAUAAUGAAAAGCCAUCAUCCUCAAAUGCUAAGUUGGGUAAUGAAGAACAAAGGGGAGAAUCUAGCAAGUAUUAUGAGAAGAAGGAAGUAUUGGCAAGGCUGAGAAUGACCAUUGAUGAACUUGAUCUCCAAAUCCAGCAUUGCUUCUUCUGUUUGGGUGUGUUUCCAGAGAACUCUGUUAUCAAGAAAAGGCUCUUGAUAUACUUGUGGAUAGGUUGGGGGAUAGUAGCUCCUGUUAAGAGUAUCACAGCUGAGGAGGUUUCAGAAAGAUGUUUCAAUGAGCUUGUGAUCAAAGAUUUAGUCCAACCAAUCUAUAAGAAACACAGACAGGUUGUGGACAGCUGCAGAAUAAACUCAAAUAUAAGACAAGUGAUGAUUUCUGAAGCUGAGAAACGUCGCUUCUUUUUAUCAGAAAGUGUAACAGAUAAAAUCUUAAAAGAUAUCAUCUCUGAACCUACGCUGUUGACACAAGGAUCAUUGAGAGUGGUGAGAUACAGCAAGAAAGAUUCACUAGCACUAGUGAACAUCAAUGAGCAAUACCUGCAAUUCAAAAUUAAUGUAGAAGAUCAAACCAACAGCGAGGAUGAAGCUACAAAGAUGGACAACUUUGCCGUGCUGCAACUGGGGAGGUGGGAGAGUGAGGGGGAGAAGCCACCACAUACUGAAAUGGAGAGCAUUGAGUUCUUGAGGAACUUGGGGGAUGAGAACAAGUCAGGGUAUAUAAGUUCAGUGAGUUCACAUUUCUUAAAGAAACAGAACAUGCUGGGGUAUCUAAGCUUGCAUGGUAUUUCUAGGAUAACAGAGCUUCCUGAUACUAUAGGCAAGUUGGGUAGUUUGAUUAUAUUAGAUCUCAGGGCGUGUCAUAACUUGGAGAGGUUGCCUAAAGAUAUGGCUUCUUUGAAGAAGCUGACACACUUGGACGUAUCCAACUGCUACUUGUUGGAUCAGCUACCGAAAUCUAUUGCCUCACUUCCCAGUCUGCAGGUGCUUAAGGGGUUCGUGAUGGGUAACUCAAGAAGUAAAGAUCCAUGCAAGCUCAGGGAUCUGCCAGCGAAGCUGACGAAGAUGAGGAAGCUGAGCUUUACUGUGUCUGCAGGGCAAGAGCAUAUGAAGUCGGAGUUUGAAAAAUUAAAAGAGUUCACAGCACUGAGAUCACUAACCAUAACAUGGGCAGUGGAGGAUGAUCAGUCCAAAGAUGAUGGUUCUGAUAAUCAGAAAAAAGAGUCAAGUCCAGCUGAUAAAGAACAAGGUUUUGCUGACAUGACUAUUCCUGUCCAACUUGAGAAGCUUGAUAUCAGAGCCUUCCCAAAAAAAGAGACUCCUCAAUGGCUGUUGAGCCCAGACUUGAAGAAGUUGGAGAGAUUGUACAUCAGGGGAGGGAAGCUAGUGAGUUUUGGUGAACAUAUGAGCAGUCAGACUGUUCAGGUCUUGAGGCUUAGAUUUUUAAAGGAUCUUUCAGUUGAAUGGAAGACAUUACAUGAGAAAUUUCCAAGUCUUAAAUAUCUGGAAGUCUACGAAUGUUCCAAGCUUGAAGAAAAUUUCAAAGAGUUCUUGGAUGUUGAUGGCUUGUGGAAGAAAAAGUGAAAUGUGUGUUUAAUUUAAUAUAUUUGUAUGUAUUUGUGUGCAUCUCCCAAAUGAAUAAUGAUGUAAAACUUUUAAA